AGAGAGGUGUAGUGGUCAGAGCAGAGUGGACUGGGAGCCAGGACUCCUGGCUUCCAUGGGAGUUUGCUGCAAGGUUAUUCUCUAUGUAACCCUGGUCUCUCUUGGCUCCUCAGAUUAUGUUGACGCCACCAGGGCUUUCCUGUUCCUCGCCAUGAUCGCUGGGGGGGUCUCCAGCAUUGCUGUCAUCACCUCGUUCUUCCGCUCCCACCUCGGCCCCGUGCCCCUCACCCUGGUCUCUGCUGUGGGCAGCUUCAGCGCAGGGCUCUGCGCCAUGAUCGCCAUGGCCGUGUUCACGGCAGAAAGUGCAGAGUAUAGGAAACAAUCCCAGCUCACUUUUGGCUGGUCCUUCGGCCUCGGCUGGGCCUCCUUCCCCCUCUUCCUCCUCACCGGUGCAGUGACCAUGUUCACCCCCAACACCCUCUCGAGCUGAGCCUGGGGGGCUGGAUGGAGCCAGCAGCAUCAUGAAGCCGAUUCUCUCAACAGUCCUGAGCAGGGGGCAGAGAGAGGGGGGAGCGUGCAGUCCUGGCCCCUCUCUACCCUUGGAACCCCCCACCUUCGGCUGCCCCCACCAGC